GGGCAUUACCAGUAGUAGUUUUAUGACCCUGGUGGUAGUUUGACACUUCCUCUGAACCAUGAACCCGAGAACACCUAUUUGACAAGGCUUUCGCAGGAGUUGUGGGCAUUACCAGUAGUAGUUUUAUGACCCUGGUGGUAGUUUGAUCCUUCCUCUGAACCAUGAACCCAAGAACACCUAUUUGACAAGGCUUUCGCAGGAGUUGUGGGCAUUACUAGUAGUAGUUUUAUGACCCUGGUGGUAGUUCGACACUUCCUUUGUACCUUGAACCUGAAGGAACACACAUAAGAACCCGACUGACCCCCUCUUUGACCGUUCGAAAGAGAUGAUGUGAGAAGCGAAAGUGUCUUGUCAUACCGACCAAUUGUCUCUGUGUUGCAUGAUUUAUAUUUUGGGUAACAUCUCCGCCCCUUUACGUUAUCUCUAAGGCAGUAAUAUUAAGCGUCGCGGCGAGGGUCGGCGUCCGUGUUUCUCCUCUGUUGAUAUUUUUACCUGGUCGCAAUUAUCACACCUGAGCGCCGCCACACCUGAGCCCCGCCGCCGUCCAUUGUGUGGGGACCUUAAUGUUUUGAUCGCCACUCACCCAUUAAAAGCCAUCUCACCCCCCGCUCCGUCCUUGCCCCAGCCCCGCUCCGCCCCGCCCCAGGACGCCCCCCACGAGGUCAACCCGCGAGAUGGGAUGCUCCAGGAAUUCCAGGAACAGAGCAAGGCAUCUGGAAGGUCGGGGAUUCCCAGCAUGACAUCACUCCGUUCCCGGGGCUGCUAUCGACCCACCUCGCCGCCCCAGCCCCUCGCCAGGUGUCUUGGCCCCCUCGCCGCCCCCUCGGCCUCCCCCUCGCCUAGUAGAGCCUUUAUGUGCUCGUUGGGGCAGGCACAGCGGGUCGUGUGAGAUGUAUAGGGUUUAGAGGGACGUGGAAGCGAGGAAAAGGACAGGAUAAGGAGCGGAGAGAGGGGAGGCUGGCGGUGCAGGGAGGCGGCGGCCGGAGUCUGCGUGCUGUGCCUGUCCGUCCACGUGAUUCCCGAGCCCCGCCGCAUAUAUACUUCCUCCCUCCAUCUGCUGGCUCAGUUUGUGUCCCGCACGUCCGCCAGCCGACCCCAGCCCAGCAGCGGGACGCGGCAUCUCGUGUGAAUUGCGUCAAUGAAACAUUCAUGGCUUAGACGAGCAGCAGCGAGUCUGGACGCGUGAGGCAACACAGAGGACUCGAGGCUCUGACGGUGGCAGUCUGCGCGAUGGUGGUGUGUCCGUGCGGCGUGAUGGUGCCCUCGCCCGGGGGAGGCCGCGCUCGCCGCGGCCCCAGGACGCCCAGUUGCUUCGACACCUCCGAGACGGUCACCUCGCAGCCCAAGGACAUGGAGGAGCCAGCCUCCGUGGAGAAGCUGACGGCCGCCAGCAACAACGAGCAGGCGGCAGGCCCAGGCAUCCCGCGGCCCCCCUCCAGAAACAACAAGAACAAAGGAGCGGCGAGCAAGGGCGGCGAGGAGGCCAGGAUGGAGCACGCCUCGCGGACCACCCUCGCCCUCGCCACCACGGAGUCCGGCAGGUACGUGGGCACCCGCCCCCUCAGGUCCAACCGCUCGCCCACGCCCACCCUGCAUAGGAUCCCGCUCAAGGCCGCCGCCGACCAGAAGCUGGCGGGGAACGGCCGCCCCAGCAAGCACCUGCCUGCCGUGCGCACCUCCCCCGCCUCGCCCCAGGACCCCCAGGCCGCCCCGGCCCAGCUGCGGGCCAAGGUGCCUCUGGCAGUGCCCAGGACAAGCACAGUGAAUCAGAGGUUUAAUGAACUGAACGUCUCGAACCAGAGAAGGCUACUGAAGCAGGAUCUCGCGCCUCAAGACAAACAACUGCGCAGCGCGAGACCUUCAUCACAGACCCUCGCCAGCCUCGGCCCCCCAGUGUACCAAAACAUUGCCCCCCCGCCCCCCGCCACCCACACCAAGGAAGUUAUCUACGAGAACCUUAAGCCCUAUCUGAGGGGCGGGGCCCAGGGGACACCAACGGGCCCUGCCAAGACCACGGACCCCGCGACCCCCGAGGCCCACUGGGAGUCCGAGGCGAGCACCGUGUGGCUGUCGGAGUCCUGGAAGUACAACACCAUCAAGAAAGCGCCGGACUUCAACAUUUUCGAGAUAUCUGACUUCGAGUCCAACUCAAGCCGAACCACAACGCCCUCACCCCGACGAGGCCAGGCCAAGACCAACACAGCCGAGUCUUCCGACGCCGCCUCCACCACCAGCCGCGGCGGCUCCCCGUCACCGUCGCCGUCAUCGCGGCGGGAGAAGGGGAAGAGGACUCUCCGCAGUCGCCUCCCCAUGUUUGUCCGGGAGAGGAACAGCAAGAACAAGAAGGUUGAGACGAGCCCUAGCCAGAUAGAGAGUCAGGCCUCCCGAGGGGAGAAAAAGCGUGCCCCGCAGACCAAGGGCGCCGGUGAUCCCGCUGGGGUCCACGGGGACAAGGCCCCACGGGCUGGCGAGAAUUGCGCCACAAAUCUCUUGGAGGACAAAGGAUCAAGGGCCUCGAUGAGGCGUCCCGGGGACGCGCCGCCGGACAAAGCCGCCUGUCAGUCACGGGCUGAGGGCGGCGGCUGGAGAGCCUCGAGGAGCCUCUCCAAGACCUCGUCCCGCAACACUGUCAGCGAUUCCUCGGAUAACGAGGACCGAUCACUCAGACGCGGCAGCCCGCGGGGCGACGCCCCCCACGGCGGGGACGCCCACGCCUGGAGACCCGAGGCGUCCACCAGACACACGAAGGGCGUCCCCCGGGGCGCCGCCAGCGACACAUCUGACUACGAGAGCAUCAGCACCUGCGGCUCCUGGCAGGACCUGACGCAGGACCUGGUCAGCGACUCCUCGGACGGCGAGGGCGGGUCGUGGCUCAGCCGGUGGGUGCAGGAGGCCCGCAGCAGAGCCGGGGCGGCCUUGGGCAGCGAGCCGGGGGGCUGGGCGGCGGCGGGGGCCGGGGCGGGGGCGGGGUGGCGGGGGCGCCGUGCAUCACCGGGCUGUUCCCGCGCGUCACCUUUAAUCUCGCCCGCCGCGUCUUUACGGUCCCUCCAACCGGCCCGACCCGACCCCGCGGCCCCCGCGCCCCCGCCCACCCUCACGCCCCCGCCUACCCUCAGGAGGCUCAGAAAGCCCCAGGGGAGCCCCAGGGGCCCCGAUGCGGCCCCGAGGAGGCUCAGUGUGGCUGACCCCCUCUGGGGGCUGAUCUACACCAACAAGGGGGAGGGGAGCGGCGGGGGGCAGCAGGCAGGCCACGCCCACCUCUCCGGCCACAACAACCACGCCCACUCCCCACGCCCCGCCCACCGCAUGGACAAGAGGGGUCGCCCCCACUCCACAAGCCCCGCCCCCUCCCCGCGCCCCGCCUACCCCACCAACCCAAACAACCACCACGCCCACAACUCCACCCACACCAGCCCCAGCGACGCCCCCGCCCAGCCCGCCCACCCCAGCGACGACAACCCCGCCCACGACAACAACCCCGACAAGAACGACCCCACGAGCCCCGCCCACCGCUCCCAGCACCCGAACCACGCCCACCCGGAGAACCAGACCCACACCACCACUCCAGCCUUCAUUAACCGCGCCCACAACCCUACGAGCACCCUCCCAACCCCCACCACCCCCACCUCGACCCCCACCCCCACCCCCACCCCCACCGACCCGAGGACCACUGGGGCAUCACACAAGGGGGUCGCCCAGUGCCCUAUCCACCCCCGGGGCGCCACCACCACCACCACCACCAGCGCCACCACCACCACCCCCAGGAGGCUCCCCCAGCACCGCGGCCUCCACACCCUGCCGCGCCCCCACGUCCGCCCGCCGCCGCCUCCAGAGUCCCCCGCGUCCUGCAGGCGUGAGGGGAGCGCCGCCCCCCGCCCCUCACCCCCGGCAUGGCGGCCUCGCUCCCAGGUGAUCGCAAGUGGCCCUGCAGGUGGCGGCGAAGCGCCGUCGUGGCGCCGAGCCAUCUCCCCCGUGCUGCCGCCCCUGCCCCCGGGGUUGCAGCAGGAACCCCCAGCGCCCCUCCCCUCGAGUCCCGCCUCCCCUGAGAGCGGCGUGGACGUCGCCUCCGUGUGCAUCCUGUCCCUGGACCUGACGCUGGACUGCGGCGGCCAAGGCGACGCGGUCUUCACGCUGGACGACGACACGCAGGCCGCCAAGACCUUAGGCGACGCGCCCCACGACACUACCACGGCAGGCGGCGGCGUGCACGAAGACGCCACCACUGCAAGCCUGACGGCGAGCAGGAGCAGUGUUCCCUUCGACGAGAAGUAUUACGAGAAGGACGACUUUGCACCGUGCCUGCAAGGCGGAGGCGAGGGGCGCGCCGUGCCCCCCGAGGAUGACGACGGCCUUGUCUCGUCUCUGCACCUGCAGAAGGAGGGAGGCGCCUCGCGGCUGGGCGACACCACCGCCGUGCCGGAGGAGGAAGAUGACUUCAUCGAGAUCGACUGUAACGUGCAGCCGAUGGAGGCGCUGAAGCGGCCGCUGGUGUACGGCUACGGCGGCAGCCCUGGCGGUAGGCUGCUGCGGGACGCGGCCCUCAGCGAGAAGCGGCUGUCAAGCGCCUCGAUGGUGUCAGACUACAUAGAGAUGGACCUGGUGGAGGCGGUGCUGUCGGCGACAGUGGGCAAAGACCCCUUGGCAGGCGGCAGCUGCCUGGACCUGAAGGAGACCUACUGGGACCACUGGACGGCGCGGCGUGAGGCGGCGGUCGGCGAGAAGCUGCUGGGCGGCAACCUCCAGGGUUUGGGACGGCCCGGCUGCCCCUCCACCAAGUUCUGCUACGACCCUGAGGUGCUCCUGGCGCAGGUGCGGUGCCCCAAGUCCCUGGAGGAUGCCACAUUCAAGCAGUACUCGGCCUGCGUCAAGUCCCACAUCUACGACCACUUCGGCGCCGUGCAGCAGGGCCUGCGGGAGUACGGCCUGACGCACGUUAGGCCGGACUUCAUGUGCAGCCAGCCGGACCUGCCGGGGCAGCCGCGGGAGGCCGGCGCCUGCCCGCUGGACUAUUCCAGCGAGCCUGAGCUGGCCACUUCGGGGGCGCCGCGCCACGCCGCCAACCCGCUGCCGCCGCCACACUUCAGGGACCGAGAAACCUCCGUGGACUCAGGCACGUGGUCGUACAUGCCGGGCUCCGGGGACUCCACGGCGGAGCCCUCUCCCCGCUCCUGCUUCCCGCCCGAGGCCUUCCCGAGGUCGUCCUCCUCCCUGAGUCACGUCGCGGUGGGCGGCGGCUACGACCCGUGGCUGCACCUGCUGCCGGACGUCACGCCGCCCAGGACGCCGCGGCACAGUUUCUUCAACCCCGCCGCCUCGCCAGUGGUCACCUCAACCCCAGCCUCCCCCAGCCCCUCCCGCUGCUCCAGGACCUCCCGCUGCUCCAGGACCUCCACGAACCAGGAAUCCCGCGUCCCCCGCCGCCCCAGCGUCCCCGCCCCUCCACCGCCAGCACCCCGCCAGCCCAGCACCCCUAAGAAGUCCUUCCUCCCCAGCCUGGCCACGGUCAUGCGCUCCCCCUUGAGGAGACAAAACAGAGACAAGGACGCGGAGAACACAGGAGGAGGAGGAGGAGGAGGAGGAUCAUCUCUACCCCCUCCAGUACCUCAUCUCUCCAUACAGAAUCGGAGGCUAACCAACAUAUCCUCCAAGUCUUCCUCGUCCUCCAAAUCCUCCUCGUCCUCGUCCUCGUCUUCGUCGGCCUCCAGCAAGGACAGCGUGAUGACCGUUAUCCCGGCGCCUGCGAACCAGCGAACCCGAGGCGCCAAGUGGUUCAUGAAGCACUUCGGUGGCGCUAAGAGCAGGAUGGCGGCGGUGUGAGCAGCUUAGAGGCUUCGAAAUCCCUAUCUAAAAGCUUUUACUAGUGGCCAAAGGUUUGAGAGGACAGCACAGUACCUAUGACUUCACGUUUACUGAUAAUGGGAUCCAGGAGUGAGUCAAGCUACCUGAUCUUACUCGUUUGAUUAAGACUUUUACACGACUUCCAGUAUUUAGACUUCGCAGGAUCCGAAACAGUGAACGAAACAAGCGUUGGAAUCUAUAACGAUAAUUAGAUAUGGGAAUAAAGAAAAAAUAUCCAUGGCUCAAGAUAAUAUAAAGAAGAAUCGAUGAAUGUGAUGGUUUUGAUCGCUCUGAGGUUUAUGGAGAGGAACUUAAUCUUGGACUAAUGGAAUGGACAACAGAGAUAACAGACGGCAAACAGAGAGAGAGAGAGCAAACAGGAGCUGGUCUCAGUCUGUGUUCAUAGGUGUUUGAGAGCUGACGUGUGUGUGUAUGUACGUGUGUGUGUGUGUGUAUGUGUGUUUUGUAAGAUACUAGUGUGCACAUUAUACCCAGUGAAAGACAAUGCAAUGGAUUUUAAACCGAUAAAACUUCGACAUUACCUUUUUUUUAAUUAUCUCUCUAGAAGUAAGAGGAGUAAGAAGAGGAAGAGGAGAAGGAAGAGGAGUUUGGGAGUUGUUAUACUGUAAGUAGUAACCUUAAUAUUACGAUGACCUAACCACCAGGAUGAUUUUAUAUACUAAUUGAUUUCCCUUCAAAAAGUAUAUAUGUUGUUACUGUAAGAUAUAACGAUAGACGUCUAAUUACUAACUUCUAACGUGUGUGUGUGUGUGUGUGAGAGAGAGAGAGAGAGAGAGAGAGAGAGAGAGAGAGAGAGAGAGAGAGAGAGAGAGAGA